GCAGGAAUGACCUGCGUUCCAGAAUGUGCCAAUGGAACGUUUUUUAACCUGGAAGAAAUGAAGUGCAGCCCUUGCCACAUCUCCUGCUCCACAUGCACAGGUCCAGGACUGGAGGAGUGCAUUCAGUGUGUGCCGGACUACUUACAGCAGGAGUGGCGGUGCGUCCGAACCUGUGCUCCCGGAUACUACAGAGGAGAGGCGGCAGGAUUCACACAGAAGAUGUGCCGCAAGUGUGAGGAGCACUGUUUGAGCUGUCAGGGUCCUGGAACCAGCUGCACGCAGUGUAAGGAGGGAUACAGCCUCGUCAGCCGGACCUGCAUCAUGAACGCCACCUGUAACAACGCGGAUGAAGUGUUCUGCGAGAUGGUCAAAUCGAACCGAUUAUGUGAGAAGAAGCUCUUCCGUCAGUUCUGCUGCCGCACGUGUUUGAUGACGGCUGGAUGACAGCAAGAGAGGGCUGACCUCCUCUUUCUUUGGUUGUAUUAUCUAAUGUACAUUUUAAACUAGUUAUACUGUGAUUAUUAAAGGAAUAGUUCACAAAAAAUGAAA